AUGUUCAAACAGAAUGGUGUGAUGUACUGCUUGUUCUACCCGAACAUUUGUGGGUAAACGUGUAAAUUUGCUCGGGAAGAAAAAAAAAACUGUCCGUACACGAGGACAGCUGUGCAAAGAAACCGUCGGCCUUGGCUUUUUCUUAAGGCCUCGCGCGGGGCCGAUUUUAUCGAUCUUUUUGCGGUUUUGGGCCAAAUUUUAUGGUUUUAUAGGUAUCUAACGGUCCAGCUGUGCUUGUUAGGUUUUAGCGCAGUCGUUAGAAUUCGGGAAAUGACCAUUUUUGGCGCAAUUUCAGUCCAAAGCUUCGAUUCAAUCUUUUCUCUUUCAAAAUCACUUCUGAAUAAAUUCUUUCACGAUUCUACACUAUAUAUAUUCUAUGUGGUUUAAUUCAAAUUUAAAAAAAAAACAAAAAAGGAUUUAAAUAUGAUUAUAAUAUUCGUUAAAAAGAUUUUUUUUUGCCGUUUCAGGAUAAAUUUUUCAUACAAAUUUUGUUAAAAGGGUCAUUUUCCAAAAAAUUUGUGGAACCAUUUUUUUCACUUCAUGUUCUCACUGGGUCCUUGUGCCGACAAAUUGGCUCAAAUUUUUUCUUCAGACCGUUUUUUUCUAGAUGCGGCCAAUUUUUUCUCUCCUUUUUUUCAAAGAGGCUAGCUUGGUGGGAAUUUUUUCGAGGUUUCGUUUUGUUUCCAGUAUAUCUUUUUUUGCUUCUAUUUUAUUUUUUUAUAUUUCAAAAAAACUCCCCAGAACUUUGUUACGACUAGAAUUUUGAUAAUGAGGAAUGUUUAUUCUUAGAAAUCUUUUUUUAACUGAUGGCUCAACAAAUAUCGAAGCGAAGGAGUAUUAUUAUCAGCGUUUUUUUCGGAAUAUUCAUUUUUUUAGUGUCCUAUUGUUUUUUAAGGUUCUUGACAUAUUUUUCAAGCUUAUUUUAUAUAACUAUUCGUUUUCAGGAUGUCUUGGCAAGGUUUCCAUCUCCACUUUUUUCUUUCAAAUUUUCUAAAAAAAAUUUUUUUGAUGGUUAUUCAGCGGCACAAAAUUAUUUUCUAGCUUUGCAAGAUCGUUUAUUCACAAAAUGUCUGUUAAAAUCUUUGCAGGAUCUUAGAAAUAAAUAUAUUGAUUUUUUUUAUGAUCCAAAAAAUGAGCUUCCUACAGAAAAAGCGCUAAAAUCGCAAAAAUUUAUUUUUUUCAUGAGCUUUUCUUUUUCGUGUCGAAACGUUUUAUCAAUUCUAUUUCAGAGCUCUUGAUUUUUGUUAAUGAUUAGCAAGUUUCAGACGAGCUCAGCUGGCUCGUGCUCAAGGAGCACCAGCGGAAGGAAAGAUUCAGUCGUCGACGUCGCCGACGAAGAUGGUGACGGGCGGCCGGACGGGAGCGCCGCUGCUCGGCGGCGUCCUCCUCGGCAGCUUGCUCAGCAUGGCGCUCUUCUCGGGCCCGUCGGAGCUCGUCAGCAGUUCCCUGGCCGCCUGGUCCGGCUCGACACAGUGCUCGCCCAGCUCCGCGGCCCGACUCACGGAUCAGACCGGUGCUUUGGAGCAGAACAAGGUCUACAAGGACGUCAGCGAGCACUGGGUGGUCGGUUUUUCUUUUUGGCUUGAAUCUCUAAGUUUAGCGAGAAUUCUUGAAUGUCUAAGGGGGAAUUUGUUGUCAGUCUUUGGCUUGAAAACUCAUAUUUUUAUAGAAAUCCUAUCCUCGUUUAUUUUUCUUGUAAUAAAUAAUGAAAUUUCCCUGUUAUAUUUGGUAAUUUCCUUUUGAUGAAGGGAAAAAAGACAAGUUUUACGAUUUUUUCGAGACGAUUAGCCGUUGCAAAUGAAAUGAGAGAACAUAAGAGUUUAAAGCUUCUUUUCAAGUUCCUAAGAAGUUUAAAAAUCUUCUCGGAAUCUUUUUUUUCUCUCCUGAAAGGUCCUGUCUAAGAAAAAGUCAAGAAAAUAAGAGGUUCAUGAGGUUUUUUAAAAGCCUUUUUUCGUGAAGGUUCUUUUGAGUUUUUUCUGAUCUUUGCCCGAGUUGGGUCAUGAAAACCCUUCGCGUUUUUAUUUUGGAAAAAACUAUUGGAAGAUUGAGACAGUAGGAGUUAUUUCCUAAUCGAAAAUGAGUAAUUUUAGGUUUAUUUCUCUCUCAGAUUAAUUUUUUUUUACUUUAAAAGUACUGCUAAAAGCUAUUUCGAAUUAUUAAUUUAAUAAUUUUUGGUUUAAUUAAUCCAGUUUGAAAGCGUUUGCCGUGUUCAAAGUGAUUUCCGUGGGCUUCAAAAAUAUCUCUAACUCUCCAAAAAUCAAUUAUAUAUUCCUUAUCACUUCUACACCGCUUAUAUUUCUAAAAUAUUUGUUUUUUUGUGUUAAUUAGGAAAAAAAUGGUUUUUUCCAGGUGCAUCAAGAUGAAAUGCCGCCAGCGCCGCCGAACCAAGACGCCACGCCCAAGGUUUCUAUUUAUUUUUAAAUGUCAUUUUACUGUUUCAGAUCAUAUUUUUAACAUUAUUAUUUAUCAUUAGCUUUCGUUGAGCAGUCGAUAUUGUUCCAGAUAAUUUUAAUUCUCAGGUUGUUCGGUCGAGAUUCGCGGCAACUGAGUUGGGCACUCGGGAACGACUGAUGGUGGCCGUGAUGGCCGAGUCUGCCCUGGCUCUUUCGAUCAAUACCACCUUGGGAAGGUAUACAAUCAUUUUAGUAGGGUUUUAGGGUAGUUUUGAUGAGAAUCAGAACAAAAAAAACGAAAUUUGAGAAAAAAAAAAGGGUAGAAAAUGAAGAAUUUUAGGUCUUUUCCACCGUAAACUUGUAAAGGAAAGUUAAAUUUUACGAAGUUUUGUAGUUUUCAUGAUUUCUGAUUUCCCUUUAACUGUGUAUUUGGGAUGUUUGUGAAGAAAAUCAUUGUUAAAAAUGCAAAAAUUUGAAGAAAAAAAAGGUUGAAAAUGAAGAAUUUUAGUCAUUUUUUUAUUGAAAAACUUGUAUGGAAAAAGUUUAAUUUUAAUUUUUGAAGUUGUCAAAUUUUUGAAGAAGCUUUUUUUCAGAAUAAUCAUCGUUUCAAACAAAAAAAUUCAAGAAAAAGUUAUUAUUUUUUUAAUUUUUCCAACAAUUUUUCACUGAAAGAUUGCCGGGAAAAAGUCGAAUUUCAUAAAAUUUUUAAUUUGUAGAUUUCUAUGAAUUUCUUUUUUUCUAAAUCAUGGGUUUUAGGGUAGUUUUUCCCCGUUUUUCACAGUUUUUUUCAAAAAAAGAGUUAAAUUUAAAAAAAUUUUUUUCACAAUUUUUUUACUGAAAGAUUGCAUGGAAAAUGGGAAUUUCAUAAAGUUUCAUAGCAAUUUUGUGAAUUUCCCUUAAUUUCAAUAUCCCUGAAUCAUGUAAUUUAAUAUAGUAGUUAUAGAAAGCACUGUAAAAAAAACACAGAAUUUGAAGAACAAAUGGUUGAAAAAUGAGUGGUUUUUUUAUAAAUUUUUUUACUAUAAACUUCAUGGAAAAGUUGAAUCUUAUAAAGUUGGUUUUAACCGUUUUUCUCUGCUUAUUUGAAUUAUUCCCUUUCUUUUUUGUAAAAAACGACCAGAAAAUCUUUUUUUUUAACUGCCGUGUUUAAUGCAAAAUGAUCUCUGACUCUCCAAAAUUUAGUUAUCUUUUCAUUUCUCUGACCUCCUUGCUUUGAAAAGAAAUGAAUAAAGAUGCAAAGACAAAUUACGUUUCAGAAAACAAUUAAAGAUGUUCAGGUAACUUUUAAUGUCGAUUGACCGGUCAUAAAUUCUGGUAUAUAAAUAUAAAUCGCCAUUAGGCGCAGACUUGUUCUGCGCCAUUUGGGUUUAGGCUGAGUUGGAUUUUUAAUUUCUGUUGGGAAUGUAUUUUAACUCUUUAUCAUAUCCGGUUGACCGAAAAAAUGCUUUUUCCUACAGAAAAUGCUCUGAAAAAUUGCGUUUUCCUGUUUUUUGACGAGUUUUGAAAUUUCACAGAAUCGGUUAGGAAGAUUGAAUAUUUUCAGAAGUUUUAGUGCAAAUUGAAUUUUCGAAAAGGUUUUUAUUAAACUUUGCUUCAUUAUGAAAAAAAAAACCAAUCAUUUUAGGCAAAAAAUGGCUUUUUGAAGCUUCCAAUCGAUCAGUUUUCGUUCAGAAAAGAAACUUUUUCGAUUUCUGAGCAUAUAUGAACCUUUUUCAGUCUAUUUCUUCGAACAAUCGAUUUUUUUUUUCUUGCAUUUGACCAGAAAAAUGAUGAAUUGAGGUCAAAAAUAGCUAAUUUCAGCUCAUAUUUCGGUAAAAGAACUCAAAUUUCGAAUGCGAAUUUCAACGAUAAUUAAAAUUUAAGUCCUUUUUACUCAAUAUCUGAACAAAAAUGAAGCUUUUUUUCUCGAUUUUUCGGGAAUUAAAAUUAUUUUUAUUGCAGACACGUGCCACGGGUACACUUGUUCGCCGACGCCGGCCGAAUCGACAACGAUUUGGCCCAACUGACCAAUUUGAGCCCCUAUAAGUACGUAAAAUAUUGGAAUUUUCGUGUGGUUUGGGGUCUUCUUAGGAACGCCAGAAUGAUUUCUGGAGGGUUCGGGGGAAAAUCAGCUCUUAAAGUGUACAAAAAGUGCUUCCUAGAGGGCUUAAAUUCAGAUGGUCCAUAUAGGAGUCGAGAUUCUGACCCCCAAGCCUCUUAAGCUUGAGUGGUCCCUACAGUGGUUUUUCAAUUUUUUCUAUGGUUUGUCGUACAGGGGCCCCUAGCAUGCUCCCCUAGAGUGGCAACUUUUGAAAGCUUUAGUGCCCCUAUAGGAGAGAAAGUAAGGUGGUCCCUCAAAGGGAAACUACAAUAGUUCCUAAGAUUGCCAAUCUAAGGGCCACUCUGGCGUUUCAGAGUACUCCAACGAAUUUGCCAGUUCCCAGCCCCUAUAAGUAUGUGAUUUGUGAUAUCCUUGUGAUUGCCGCAGUGGUCCCUAGAGGGGUAGGAUAAUCAGCUCCCAUAGGGGAAGAAUAGCACUACCUAGAAAGCUGAAUCCAGGUGGUCCCUAUAGGGGUGUAGGCUCUGGCCCGUAAGCCCCUGAAGCUUUAGCAGUCCCUAAAGUGGUCUUUCAAUUUUCUAUGAUUUUUCGCAUAGGGACCACUAGAAUUCUGCCCUAGAGUGGCCACUUUUGCGAGCUUUAGUACCUCUUCAAGGGAAGGUAGAGUGAUCCUUUAAGGGGAACUUACAAGUGCCUCUAAAGUUGCCCCUACAAGGACCAUUAAGUUAUCGAAUAAAUUAAUUGGUUUCAUAUAAAAUUUCCAGAUUGAAUGGCCAAAAAUCGCAUUCGAUGGUCCUCGGCCUCAUGUUCAACAUGGUUUGUUUCAUUUUAUCGAUUUUUUUUCGUGAAUUCUCAAAAAUUUCCUGAGUAGUUUUUAGCUUGAAGGUAUAUGUAAGAGUCGAACUAUAGAAAAGAGUAAACGUUAUUCUUCGAUACGAAAAAAUGCUUGAAGUAAAUUAAAAUUCAGUUCUAAAGCUUUGAAAUGGACUUUUUUCAAAUUUUUAAUGAACUUAGGCUGAAUUGGACCCUUAUUUUUGAUUUCCUCGAUGAAAACUUUUUUUUCUCAUUUGAUUCACAAAAAUCAGAGUUUAGAAAAUCUAAAAAGCUAUUUUUUUAAACUUUCAUUGACUCAAUAUUCCUGUCGUGAGUUUUUUUCUUCUUUAUUGAAAUUUUUUUCGAAUCGAAGCUCAUUUUUUUCUAUUUUUAGGACGAUAUUUCUUGAAUUUCGGAAGGUUUGUUUGAUGAUUCAUGUAGUAAAAUCGUCGUGAUAGUGAUUUUUCUUGUCGUUUUGGUGGCUUUUUGUGUUAUUUGAAACGGAUAAUAAUGAAUUAUCAUUCAUUUUGAUAUUUUUUUGCUGGAAAUUUAUAGCAAUGUAGAAAAAUUUUUUUAUGUUUUUUUAAGGGUUAAAAAAAUAUUUCUGAUGAUUUUUUUCCGAAAUUUUUGAACUUCUGGAUCUUUCUAGAAAAUAUUAAUUUUGCGUUUUUUUGAAAGGCCUAUUUUUCAGAUUUUUUUAGAUGACUUUGCUUUUUUUCUGAUUGCUUCUAAAUAUAUUUCUGUUAUAAAUAUUAUGCUCCAAACGAUCUUUUUGAAUUUGAGAAGGUAUACUCUUCAUCAGAAAAAAACGGUAUCCUGAUCAAAAACCUCCUUGUAUGUAGUUUGAUUUUUUUGGAACCUACUGGAGUUGUAAUGACUGUUAUUUGUAACACUCUGGUGGAAUUUUUCAGGUCGUGAAACCCCCCAGAGCUCUAUAAGGUUUCAAAAAGAUUGAGCCCUAUACGAGGAACUUAUGAGCAGAAACGACUCUCCUUAUCUUUUCUGACAGUACUGUAUAACCCAAUUUUCAGACGGUUCACGAGAACUAUGACUGGUUCCUGAUCGUCAAGGACUCCACGUACAUCAAUCCGUUCGUACUUUUGAGGCUGAUCGAUACGGUUUGUUCAUCUUUUUGAUGAUUAAAAAAAGUUGCUGAGAUUAUUUAAGGGGCAGAAGCGUUCAAUCUCCUUAAAAACCAAUAAAAGAGGCUAAUUUUUCAGAAGUUUUUUCAUUGUGCUUUUGAAAAAAUCUUGAAAGGUUUAAGAAAUGUUCGAACCAACAUUUUACUGCUUCGAAAUUUUCAGUUGAGGCAUUUUUUAUUCACAAUAAACUUUGACGAAUGACAGGUUUUUUGAGGGCGCAAAUUUUUGAAAAAGGGAAAACGACAUAUUUUUAGUGCUUCAUCGAAAAUAAGGGCUAGAAGAUCUGAAAAAGUUAAGAUUAGGAACCGCCUGUUUUUUUUUUAUUAACUCACCUAGAGCUCAAGAAAAAUAGCCUCACGAAAUUUGUAGCAUUUCCUAAUCAGUUUUUUAAAGGUCAAGAUGUUUUUCGAUAAGUAUAGAAUAUAUGAAAUAAUUAAGAAACCUUGAAGAUAAAUUGGAGCGAGCCGGUUUUGAUGGGCGAAGCGGCGGACGACGGAAGCGGAAGGUGUCGACUGGACACUGGAGUUUUGCUCAGCAACCCUGCCAUGCAGACUUUGAUCCAGUUCGUUUUGGGGUCGUUUUUGAAGAAAAAGGAGAAUUUUUGAAGAUUCUGGAACAUUGCUGAACUGUACUUAAGUCUUGUUUCGAGGGAAUUUUUCCUUAGAGUUGUCAAAAACGAAAGGAAAACUCAGAAACCCCAGAAGAAACAGUAAAUUUGAACGCAACGCAGCUUUCAAGUCAUUCCAAUACUUCCGCUGCCCAAAAUCCUGCCUUUUCCUACAUUUUUGUCAUUUCCGUUUGACGAUUCUUGGAAAAGAACUUUUUAAACAAUUUUACGAAAAUGAGAAGAAAGAAAUAUUAUUUCAAAAUGUUCCAGACAACGCCACACGUGCAACAUGCUGGCGACGGCGUCCGACGGAGAUCAGUUGGCCUUCGAAAAAUGUCUCCAGCUGGCCACCAACCUCACCUGCAAAACGGAGCAUCAGGUUCGCUGAAACUGUGAAAAUGUGUGGCCAAAAUACUGAUUUCUUUUCCUCUCAUUUGGCGAGAAGAGAAGCGCCAAAAUUGUCAACAAUCUGUUCUUCUUUAGUCUUUGAUUUUCAAGUUUAAAAACGGUGAAAACAAGAAACAAAGCGCAAAUAACCCUGAAAAAAUGUUUCUAGUCGUUUAGAUAUGGUUCGUAAAUUUGAAGGAGCGAAUGUUGAAAUUAUUAAUGUAACAUUAAGAGGAUGAAAUUAUGUGAUUACAAUGAGAUUGGGAAAGAGUAAUACGGAAUUACAUUAAAAUAAAUAAUUUAAGUAUCGCGCAGCCGUUUCGGGUCUAUAAAAAUGGACGGCUUAGAGGGCGACCCAUCGUCAGCAUUUUCCCUCUUGCUUAAAGCAAAAUAUAAUGUAAAUUUUUUAGCUGUAACCCUAGGCGCGUAUUUUUAUAAAAUUAGGUAAAAGAGUAGAAGAGUAAAAUUGAACGAAUGCAAGGAAGCCUGGAAAGCCUUCCCAAAUAUGCCUGAAUUAAAUACUGUACUAUCGAUAGAAACCGUAAAUUUGCAGGGCGUACGGUAUGACGUUUGGCGAGGGGCUGAACGGGCCGAUUCCCCAGCCGCCCACGACUCGAUCGAAGAAUGGCGCAACGCCCCGGCCUUCAACCGUUCCUUGGCCGUCCCCAGGAUCCUGUCCGACGCCGACGCCGUGGCGCUUCAUGACCACUUUGUCGGGGUUGAGAUGGAGAGGUAACUAUCCAGAUUUUGGUUGAAAACUUGGGAUAAAACUCAAAAAUGACGCAAAAUAGAGAAUAAAAGAGGCUCCCUGUGAAAUAUAAUCUGUUAUCGCGCUUUUUUUAAAACUUUUUCGAGAUUGUAGGAAAAGUUUGAUGAUUCACGGCGUUUUAGUUAGUAGAAAAAAUUUUAAAACCAAAAAAAUUAAGGGGGCGUGGUCAAAAUCUUCCCAUGUGACGUCAUGGGGAAACGCGUAAACAAUGGAAAUAUUAAAGGCGCAUAAAGGGGUUAUGAGACGAAUCCAUUUUUCGUUUCAAAAAAACGCGAUUUUACGGUUUUUUUUUUCGUUUUAAAACACAUGCCGUAUUGAAAGUAAUUAAGCGAAACUCAAAAUAACCAACAGAUAAGGAAAAAUAUGUCUUAAAUUCAGUUCGCGAAAAUAAAGUUUAACGCGGCGUGUGCCAGAGCGCCGCUGUGUAUGCACACGACACAUUACACUUUACGGAAAAAUUUAAUUUGGGCGGGACGUCGCUAAAAAAACGCCGUGCGAUUUAUAAAGUUUAAAAGAACCCUUACGAAAGCGAAUUCAUGAACUGAAAAGUUGCCAGAUUUUUUUUUUCAAAUCUCAUUUUUUAGAACCGAGCGCGAAAUCGAGCAAAUGGAGAUGGAAGUCGCGAAACUGACCGAAGAGGCGGCACACGAAAAAGGCGAGCCGAUCAGUUGGCCCGAGGCUCUUCCGGCCUAUUCCAAGCCUCCCAAUCGAUAUCAAGUGAUUGAGAAAAAUAGAAAAAAAUACGCGAAAUUGGGUACUAGGUGCCCUCUUACGAGUUCUUCAACAUGAAAGAGAUCUUCCGGAGUGAACCCAUGCAGAAUGUGCAUCCCCUGGAAGGGAACGACCUCGAAGACGUCCUCGAGGCCGUCGAAGCCGCCCGACGUCAAGUCGAGGCCGAAGAACACGACCUGGAGUUCCUCCAGAUGAGGAACGGCUACAGGUCCGUUUUCUGGUGAAACGGUGUGAAAUGUAGGAAAAAAAGGUGUUUUUAGAGAUUUUUUCAUGACCUCUUUUUUAUUGGAAAAAUGAGAAUGGUAGAAGGUUUAGGGACGACUAACGUGUUUCACUUGAAGGGCUACUAACAGAAACCCCUAUAGAGACCACUAGCAUGAUCUCUACAGGGGCCACUGACCUGUAGAGACCACUAGCAAGACCCCUAUAGGGGACACUAUCUGAAAGCCUUAUAGAGACCACUAGCAUGAUCCCUAUAGGGGCCACUGACCUGUAGAGAUCACUAGCGUGACCCUUAAAGGGACCACUAACUGAAACCCCCAUAGAGACCGCUAGUAGGAUCCCUUUAGGGGCCACUAACUGAAAGGCCUAUUAAGACCACUAGCAUGCCCACUAUAGGGGUCACUAACGGAAAUCCAUAUGGAGACCAACUACAUGAUCCCUAUAGGGGCCACUAGCUGAAAUCUAUAUGAAGAGUGGGAUAAAAGAGAUUCCAAUUAGAAAAAUCCGGGAGGAAGAGUUUAAGGCCUUUCAAAAAGGUCUGACCAUUUAUAAAUCAGAUUUUUAAGGCUCUUCGACCCCCGCCGCGGAAUGGACUACAUGAUCGACCUGACCUAUCGAAGGAACGGCGCCGGGGCUCUUCCGCAGCCGCCGUCGAACGACGCCCAGCAGCCCGAAGAUGAAAUCGUCCAACGGAGGGUCCACGUCAACCGAAUGAUCGCCAGCACGCAGUUGAUGAGCCAGGUUAAUAAAAAAAAAACAUAGGGAUUUGAAAAAAUUCAAAAAAAAAGGUGAAAGAUUCAUAGAAUGUCCCUAGAUAAGAAUUAUGAUUUUUCAAAAAAGGAGAUUUACGAAACUUUGCAGUUUCACAGAAUGUGUAUGAAUGGGUUUUCAACUUUCGACCCGUUGUAUUUAACCAAUGAAACGGCAUGGCUAGAAUAUAUCAUCUCUGGGCGAAAGUCGUUUUAGGUCAGGCGCAUUUUUGUAGCAAGCACUUUGUAACCUUAAAAAUUUGAACAGUUCAUCUUGGUCUUUAGAGAAAGAAAAAAAUUAAAUUUUAAUGGUUUCUUUAGUUUUUCGGACUUUAAUUUUUUUCAUCAGUAAGUUCGUUUUGAGAAAAUCUAAAUUUGGGUUUGAAAAGACCUUUUUUCACUAUUUUGUCGGUUCAAAAGCUUAAAAAAUGCCCUGGUCGCACUUGGAAUGGAUCGAAGCGUCGUGGUAGCGCUGCGGUUCAAAUUAGGCUUCGAAAGAUUUCGUUCAACUUCUCGCCGAAUUAGUAACUCUUCGCGAAAGUCGUUUAAAGUCGGAAGCAUUUAAUUAGGCGUCCAGAGUCUUUCACUUCUUGGUGAACUCAGUGUAUAGAUUUUUUUACUAGGAAAAUAAAAACUACGAUUUUUCCAGGUCCCCUACGUGAAAGAAGACACGGACGUGACAAUCGUUGUGCCCGUUGGAAGCGAAAUUGACGUUCGUUUCGGAGAAAUGUUCGCAUUUUACAUAAUUUUUGGAUAAUUUAGGUGAUGCCUGCCAGGAAACACCUGGCUCGACAUGCCCGACUUUGUCUUUCCCCUAAUGAGGAGACUAGAAAAGUUUAUUUUUCCAGGAAUUUCCAAAAAGUAGAGGAUUUAGACGCGAAUGGUUGUCGCGAUUUUCCCUGGAGUGGACCCUCGAUCGGCCACUUAUAUCACCAAUGAUCUGGAGGAGUUGAAAAGGAGGUCAGGGGUUCAAAUUUUGAGAAGAAUGGAUAAAUUUGAUUUGUUUGAAGAGAUUGAAAUAGUUAAAUGACCUCAACAGGAAUCCGUUUCUAAACUUUUGUUGCUUCCAGAUGCAAGAACUCGGCCCUGGACACGGACGUCCUGACGGUGCAUCCGUCGGUAACGUCACAGGGCAAAGGUACGGUAGCGGCGGCGGCCCUAGACGACGCCGUCGAUCGCUACGGCGCCAACACCAUCUACGCCCUCAUGUCCCCCCAUGCCGACGUCCAGAAGGAGUUCUUCGACCGCCUUCGCAUCAACACGAUCAAGCAUUAUCAGGUUUGGGCAGUUUGGAUGGCUCUUUGAGGAGUUGCUUGUAGAAGGGUUGAAAAGUUGAGAGGGGGGGGGGUUUGAAUAGCUUUUUUCAAGCGUUAUCAGGUGAUUGGAUUGAGCAGUUGAGAUGGCUCUUUGAGGGGUUCCAGAGCUUGUAGAAAGCUUGAAAAGUUGAAAGGGGGGUUUAAAUAGCUUUAUCAAGCUUCAAAAGUUUGAAAGAAAAGAGGUUUUUCUCAAAGAUCUAUAGGAUUUGUGAAGAUUGGAGUUUUUUGAGAAUUCAAAAAUAAUUUCAAUGUUUUUUUCACUGACAGCUUUUCCGAAAUUCCCAGGUCUUUUUAUUUUUUUUAAAUAUCGGUUAAAGAACUAGAUCCAUUUUGAUAUCCUUUCAAACUAGGGAUUCUGACCUCCCUGCGCCCUCUUUUCCCUAACCUGUGAAUUCAUAAAAUGGAAAUAGCACGUAAAAUUGAGAGGGAUGCUGAGAAAAAAAAGCAGUCAGACUCUUUUAAGCUCUGGAGAAUGACCUGUAAGCUUUUAGGAAGUUAAUCAAUAACUUUUGUAGUGUAUUCCAAUGAGAUAUUGAAAUUUCAUGCUGAUGAGGGUAGACCAGCCCUACUGAAACGGGCUCUCAGCGGGUUCACCCGUGUCAAACCCGUUUGGGCACACUUGGGAGAUAUUUUGUGGUCUUUUGCCACCGUUUUAGCCGAGUUGAUUCUCAGAUUUUCGAAAUAAACACAGCUGAGUCCCCCAGUUCUUCUUGAACCCCCCCCCCCCCCCCAGCCCUGCUGACACGGGCUCUCAGCGGGUGCACGCGUUUGAGCACAGCUGGAAGAUCUUUUGGAAUUUUUUUCCACAGCUGAUGCACCUGGUCAGAUUUUUUUUUCUUGCACCCAUUUUCUUCCGUUUAGCACAGCUGAAACAUAAACAACCCAAAAAACACGGGUUUAAUUCGGGUAGACCCGUUGAAGCACCCGCCCAUCAUGAUAAAAUAAUAACCUUCAAAUUUUUAGGUCUUCUUCCCAGUCCCAUUCGUCGAGUACCACCCGAUCAUCUCCGGCAUGGACAUCACCGAGGAGGAAGCCAAGCAGUCCGAGAUCAGCUCCAAACAGUCGACCCUCCGAGAAGCCGCCCUGUCCCGACUCCGAAACGGCGUUGAACCCAAACGGACCCGGCCGCUGAUCGUCCAGAAGGACUACGGAAGAUUCGACACCUUGGACUACUCCUGCUUCGCCGUCUACGGCGUUGACUAUGUCGCCGCUCGGGCCAGACUCGGGCCGAACGACAAGAGAAACGACCUGAUCGCCGCCUUCCUCGGUCAGGACCAGAUCCACGUCCUGAGGACCAUCGAGCCCAACUUGAGAGUUCGGUGAGCGCUUUUUUUCGGGGAAGAACGGAAAUUUUGAGUUUUCAACCUCUAAGGAAGGUUGAUUGAGUCUGAAGCUGGAAUUUCCUGAGAAUGUGCCUAAGGAUUCAAUGAAGGUCUAGGAAAAGGUACCCGCUACCUGCGCGAAUUUUUAUUUUUUGAGGUAGCGAAAAAUCGAAUUCUUGUCACGAAGUCAUGCUGAAACCCCUUAUUUCGCUUUACUGCUUUCGAAAAAAUGGCUUUUCUAGCAAAUUUAAUCUAAUUAUUGAUUUUUGGGCUCAGUUUUUCCGAAAGGGCUUUUUUCUCAAAAUUUUUUUAAAAAAUGGUUUAAUUGACAGAACUUGAGCCAGUGACAUUCUCAGACCAAUAUGCGUAAGAUUGAGAAAUCUUAGAAUUUUUAGAAAUUGGAAGGGAAUAGGAUUUCUUCAAAACCAGAAGCUGAAACAGUUAUUGGUGAAACGUGAGAAGUAUAGAAAUUUUCAAAAACUGACUUUUUUAUUUGGCAAAAACCAGUUUCCGCCUGAAAGAAUCGAACCAGAGACCUAUUUAACCGAAAGAAAGAGCUCUUAUCAGAAUACCGAGGCUAAAAUAUGAACUUUAAAUGAUAAAGCUUCUAUGGAUUCGCCAAAAAUAGAUUCAUUUAUUUUGCUCAAACACGAAAAUACAGAGUAUUUGAAAAGGAAGAAUUUGAGUGAAGAUGAACCCGAUAUAAAAACGCCCUAACGUGCGAUUUACCGGUACGGGAGACACGUAUUGAAUAUUCAUCUCCCAAGGGACCGAACCAAAUACCUUUCCGCCCAAAAACAAGAUCGCUAGCCACUAGACUAAAACCCCCAUUUUCCAGGUACCACAAACGAGUCUGCGAGCUUCAGUCCGUCGACCCGGACGACGUCGAACGAUGUCUGGCGAGCAAAAACGAGAACGUCGCCGCCAAGGAUCAGUUGGCCAAGCUGCUUUUCCACGAGAAAUGA